AUGGCUGCUGCUACGAUGAAGGCAUCAAAAUCAUCGAGGGGUAACAAGAAGUCCGGUCAUUUGAACUCCAUCCACUCCUUCCAAUCCCUUUCUAUUACUCCUACUCCACGCCCUCCUCCUUUGCCUGCCCCUACCUUGUCUGCACCCUCUUUCCCUGCCACCCCCUUGCCCGCUCUUUCUCCGCUUGCUCCUCAAGAUAUCGGUAUUCACAGUGUGGUGAUGAACCCAAUAUUUCGUCCAGAUCCUUUCGGCGUACAGGCUGUUGUUCCCACUGGUGGUGCUGCAAGGGAGCUUGUUCGCAAAGCGCCGUGGCACCAUAAGGUGAAGAAUUAUAUCAGGUCCGAAGUAAGUGAUCUCAAGGACCGUACUAUUCACGCCUUCUCCGCACCUCAUCGGAGGAUGGAAGAGCUUCGAGCCAAUGCGGCACACCAUGAAGAACCUGGAGAAUCGGACGAAGACAUUGGUACAAGAAAGGCAAGAGCAGUCUCGAGGAAUUGGAAAAGAACUGAUUUGAUGGCAUGUUAUAUUUGUCUCGUCAUUCCUGCCAGCUACUUCAGCUUUGGAUCGACCAAUUCGGUCUUGAUCAUUAAUGAAGCACUCCAUGAUUUUGCAAUGAGAGGAGAAGUAAGAUUCUACCAAUAUGAGUUGGCGUUAUCAAUGUUGGAUGUAUCCAAAAUCAUUGGGAUCAUUAUCUUUGCUAAGCUCACGAAUACCCAAUCUCGCCCUCUCGCCCUCUUAGUUGCUUCACUAGUUGCUUGCGGAGGAAUGGGACUGGCUGCAUUUGCUGUGACUUGGGAGUCCUUCAGCGCGGGUACUGCAUUGUUCCACCUAGGGAGAUCAGGAAUUUUACUGGUAUCCCAAGUUAUUGUUGCUGAUACUAGCGACCUGAGCUGGAGAGGCAUAUAUCUUUGGGGUCUGGAGAUGAGUUCAAUUCUCUGGGUUUGGUCAGCACCGACUGUGGCAAAAUAUAUUGUUGGAAAGGUUGAAUGGAAUGUUCCCAUCUGGAUUUUCUUCAGUUUUUCAAUACCGGUCAUGAUUCCGCCCAUUGUUACUACAUAUAUCUUUUACCGCCGGGCAAAACAUGGUGGUUUUUUCCCAGCAUCAAACCAUGUUUAUAACCAUAUCUGGUGGAGUCCGAAAGGAUUAUGGAGAAGGCUUAGCUUGCUAAGUUGCGAGCUGGAUCUUUUAGGGAUGUUCCUAUGGUCCUUAGGUAUGGGCCCUUUAGCUACGACAUUAUCAAUGUCUGAGAAGAUGCAAAUCGGCAUCGGAAUGCGGGUGGUUGCGCUGGUCAUUGCUGGGUGUUCAUUUAUCAUGUUACUCGCCCUUUGGGAACUAUGGCUUAACAAGGGUUUGAAGACAACACAUAAAGCACGGAGACAGGCAAGACGUGCUCCUAGAGUUACAUGGGGCGCUCUUCCAGGGGAACGUGUAAUGAUGAUGGGGCCCGCUGCACCUGUCGGAUACAAUUCAAUCUCAAUGGAACAAGCCGCGGCAGAGUUAUCUGUCCAGUUUACCUCCUUCAUGAUCUUUCAAUCCACCGAUGUCUAUGAGAUUCAAACCUUUCAAAUUUUCAUGUCCCAAGCCAUUACCGGGUUUGGGGCUGGUAUUGUAUGGACCAGCCUCUUGGUUGGUGUGCAAGCCUCUUGCAAGACGCAUAGUGAUGUUGGUAUGUCUAUAGCAUUACUUACAACCUCAAAUGCACUUGGAGAACUGGCUGCAGGGGCUGUGAAACGGUCUAUGCAGGCAUAUAUGAUGAACGUACUACCCCCAGAGACUUCGCCAGAAUACUUCUUGCGGGCGUUGGGUGGUCAUUGGAGUGUUAUGCUCAUGGUAGCAAUAAUUGCGGCAGCAUUAGCUUUAGUGACGACAGGUGUUGGAUUAACAGGAUACAACCUGGACAAUGUCAAGCAACAUGUAUCUGGGGUCGUGUUUGGAAGGGAUGAUGCCGACCGCCACAACUUACUUGAUGAACAUGCUAGUUCUCAGACUCUCUCUCCGUUCGUUUCUACCCCCGAGUUGCAAGAUUCGCCUCUAAAUGCACCAACGUCCUCGCCAUCUACGACUCAUUUGGACGGAGUAAGGACUACUGAGAACUAUAACGCAAUUCUUCUACAAAAUCGCGCAAGGUUUCGAGGCAUUAGCCCGCCUCCACGCCCGAGAAGUUUUUCUGAAGAGGAAGAGGAAUCGCUCCCUAAAACUGAGAAGUCUAUGGAUAAGCAGGAGCGUGAAAAUACAGAAUGGGAGACCGCACCUUCUGAAUCAGCGAAAGCUAUAUUCCGCCCAAUCAGUGAUUCAUGCACGGCCCUGUCACCACCAUCACAGAUUCCUGAGAGCUAUGGAUGUGUAUUUACAAUGGACUCAGACUUGGAACCGACUUCUCAAGCUACUACCUCUAAGGAGGUUGAGUCUUCAAAGAAACUAGGAAUUGAUCCUUCACCGCCCCAACAGGCUAAUACGGUUGAAUGUAGAGGACCAGCUAAGAUGAAGACGUUAAUCAGCAAAGCCCGGGCUUCCAACGUAUCUGAAGUUGCUGAAAGUUCGAGCAGCUGUAAUACGCAGUUCUCGUUCAAAAAAAGACCAAUUGUUUCAGUACCUUUCGGCCAGAAGGGGCAUCUUAGCCCGGAGAAUAAUAUUGGCCUGAGUAAUAUUACUAGUCUGAGGAAUACUAUCAUUCAGGGAAAAAGUGCGGAAAGUGAGGCACAAGACAAGCCAACCAGGAGUAAUUCAACCUCGACUAGCAAUAAAGAAAGCUCUGAAUCCAGCAGCGCUUUUGAAGAAUCUAUCGUGGUUAACGGAUCUUUUGAUGCUCAGACUCCAAUUGACUGGGACAUUCUCGAUGGCAUUAGUGCAAAUGGCAGCGUUCGCACACCGGAAUCUAACUCCUUGCCCGAAUUUGGAGAUUCUGGGAGCGGGCAAGCUUCACCGUACUCACAUGCUGUACUUGGUCUGUCUUCGGAUGGGGAACAGGAAAUUUUACAGAGAUGGCAGUCUUGGGUAGAAGAUGGUGACAUUUCGGAUGUCCCCUCUGAGGCGCGCGAGGCAUCUGAUGAAGAACCUUCUCUCCCAUCUGGUCAGGGACACCAUGGGGUAUCGCAGAUCACUUCUGAGGUUAAUGCUCUAACUGUUAAGAACUCAUACUCACCUGAGCAAUACUUGUCUACAAUUGAGGAACUUAGUUCUAAGGCACCGUCCACAACUAAUUCCGUCGACAUGUCUUUCAUUGGAGGCGCGGGUAGUCAGUUCCAAGCACGUCCUCCUUUGGUCAUCGGCGUCUUGUCGCCAUAUCAUUCUCAGCCACACGGAAGAGCUGAGGGAGACAUGGCCGGCGCAGGCCAAAGUGCAGCUGCUGGUUCUGGACCCAAUGGAAAGAGGAACAAAAACAAAAAGAGAGGCAUGGGAAAGAAGGAGGGAGUGGCUAAUAGCGACUGA